CAAGUGAUAGCCCCUUCUCUCAUCCUCUCAUCCGAUCGGUUCGCAAUUGCAAACUAUUCACUUCUAAACUAUGUAUGUUGUGAGAAUCAGAUUAUUAUGUUUCUGUUGAUAUGACUUUCAUCACAAACACACUCAAUUUGGGCAUUGUUCUGUUAACAAUCGUAUCCGUGGCCAACCGAUGGUGCAACGGACUUAAUGAGGUCUCGUACACGUUCAGGUAUGCGAUUGACGAAGCCCAAGUCGUGACGCAACACUGGGAAGAGAGACGCUCGGACAUCGUCCACGGUUCUUACAGCUUCCUGGAGCCCGACGGAAAAAUCCGGGUGGUGGAGUACCAAGUCAACGGGAAAGCCGGAUUCAGGGCCGUGGUGACCUUCAGGAAGCCUCCGACAGGUUACCCCAUUCUGAAACACCUGAAGUUUCCCGAGGACUACAGACACCCGUUUACCCACGCCAGGCCGGUGGCGGUCAUCAGCAACGACCUUUUUCACCCCGGAAAAACCUACCCCAACCUACCGGAAUGAUCAAAGACUGAUUGUCCUUUUUUGUACAAAUAAACUGGGUUUAAUCAA